UUCUACCCAUGGUUUUAGUCCUAGUGAUCUGGAUCCGAGCUCUGACAUUACCAGGGGCAACAAAAGGGAUGUUGUAUUUUGUAUCGGCUGACUUCAGUAGGUUUGCUGACUCACAGCUGUGGAUAGAGGCCUCAUUUCAAACGUUCCUAACUCUCGGUCCAGGCUGGGGAGGACUAAUGAUGAUGGGUGCACACAAUAAAUUCCGGACAAACUGCUUCCAAUCAGCUACCAUAUCAACAACUGCGACCUUGACCUUCGGAUUAGUCAAUGGCCUCAUAGUGUUUUCGGUGCUUGGUGUGAUGUCAGAGGAGAUUGGUGUUCCUAUCUCAGACUUAAUGACCUCAGGCUAGUUAUUUUUGUCAAAUACCAAGCAACUUUUAU